AUGUCUGACAGCGACUCCGACUCCGAGUCAAAUACGCCGAGCGACCGAGACUCAGACUCUGAAGCCGACUUGAAUGUCCUGGGUGCAUACAAGCCAGUCGAUCGUAAAGUACGUCCAGUACCCGGCGUCUUCCCGCAAGAGGCUGCAGUGGUACGUCGUAUACCAGAGGAUCCUGUAUCCACACUCCCGAGUUUGCCAAUACACCCGCCUGCUUUCGAGCCCACCGAACGACUCACUCGCGAACGACUUGAGCUCAUCAAGCUCAACGAAGAUGGGUUCUUAUUGCCUGAAGAAGUCAAACUCUUCGAACAUAUACUCCGCCUAUGCGACAAGUCACUUGCCUUCUGCGACGAUGAACGUGGUACACUCCGUCAAGACUACUUCUCCGACUACAUCAUUCCGACGGUCCCACAUAUCCCUUGGGCACACAAGAAUAUACCGAUACCCCCAGGCAUUGAGCCUCAAGUAAUUGAGAUGCUCCGAGACAAGAUACGUGCAGGAGUGUACGAACCAUCCCAGUCCAGCUAUCGAUCACGCUGGUUCUGCGUCGUAAAGAAGAAUGGCAAACUUCGCAUUGUACAUGACUUACAGACACUCAAUGGUAUCACCAUCAAGGACGCAGGCGUGCCACCCGAUCUCGACCACUUCGUUGAAAAGUAUGCAGGACGAGCAUGCAACUCUGUAUUCGAUCUCUUCUGGGGAUUUGACGCACGCCGUUUACAUCCGAACAGUCGCGAUAUGACUGCAUUCCAGACCCCGUUAGGAGCACUUCGGCUAACUGCUAUGCCCAUGGGUUUCACCAACUCGCCUGCAGAGUUUCAGAACUGUAUGGUAUUCAUCCUAGGCCCGGAAAUUCCCGAGAUCGCAAACAUCUUCAUUGAUGAUCUAGCCGUUCGCGGCCCCGAAACUACUUACCCGGACAUCAACGGAGAGCCAGAGCGGUUAUCGGAGAAUCCCGGAAUACGUCGCUUCAUCUGGGAACACGCACAGGACGUACUACGAGUUAUGCAUCGAAUUCUGUGUGCCGGCGCUACAUUCAAUCCACUCAAAGCCCAAAUUGCUCGUAGGUCAGUUAUAAUACUUGGCCAGACAUGCACCCCCGAAGGCCGGUGUGUCGAGAACCAGAAGGCAGAGAAGAUAUCCGAAUGGUCAGUACCAGCCAACGCCACUGACGUUCGAGGGUUCCUCGGACUUUGUGGAACUGUACGCAUCUGGAUCAACAACUACUCAAAGAUAGCCCGCCCACUGACCGCUCUCACCCGCAAGGAUGCCGAAUUUGUUUGGAGUGAAGAUUGCCAGAAAGCAUUCGAUGAACUCAAACAGCUUGUGACAUCAGCGCCCGCUUUACGCUCCAUUGACUACCAAUCAGGACACCCAAUCAUUCUAUCAGUCGAUUCAAGCAAGACAGCUGUAGGGUUCAUUCUGUCACAGCUAGACGAACACGGACGUCGCAGACCAGCCCGCUAUGGAUCAAUCCCUAUGGGGGAUACUGAAAGCCGAUACUCACAGGCGAAGUUGGAGCUCUACGGUCUAUUUCGAGCCACCAAGGCAUUCUCCAUCUAUCUCGUUGGCGCACACCCACUCUAUAUCGAAGUAGACGCAGCAUACAUCAAGGGCAUGCUUGCCGCACCUGACCUACAACCCUCUGCAUCAAUCAAUCGUUGGAUCCAAGGGAUCUUAAACUUUGAUUUUACGCUGGUACACGUGCCCGGACGCGAGUUCUCAGGCCCCGAUGGACUUUCACGCCGCACCCCAAAUCCAUGGGACUUUGUCAAGGAGGACGUAGACGAAGCGGAGAACUUUGUUCUCUAUGCCAUGCCCGGAGAUCCCAUGCAACAGUCCCGAAGGAGCCAUACCACUCCGUACUCCUCCAACCCAAACCCAGUAAUACACGAUACACCACAAGUACUUGUAGGCAGAGUAGAAGAUGAAUUGAAUGAUAUUCUUCAGUACUUGAAGCAGGGUACGCAACCUGCAUGGGUCAAGAAUGACAAGCUCCGGCAACAGUUCGAAUCAAAGGCUAUUCAAUACUUUGUUCGGGAUGAUGCGCUCUUCAAGCGCAGGCUCGGAGGCAUUCCCCAGAAGGUAAUCUUCGAUAGCAACACACGAAAGCGCUGUCUUGAAGGUGCACACGAAGGAGCCGGACACCGAGGAAUCGAGGCCGUGACCUCCACACUAAAGCUACGCUUCUUCUGGCCUAGCAUGGAACGAGACAUAGAGAACCAUGUGAAGUCUUGUCAUGAAUGUCAGAUUCGACAGACAGCACAAUGGAAGCUACCACCUACCAUUUCGGCACCAACGCGGAUCUGGGAGAAGGUGUACAUAGACGUCAUGUUCAUGCCGAAAGCCCGGAACUACCGCUACAUUGUUGCCGCACGCGAUGAUCUCACUCGUGUCACAGAAGGCCGAGCCCUGCAGACACUAUCCGCAGAGAACUUGGCAAAGUUCUUCUGGGAGCAGAUUUACACCAGAUACGGUGUCAUAUCUAGAGUUGUGACGGACAAUGGAAGCGAAGUACAGAAGGCAUUUGCUUGGCUCAUGGAGCGACUGGGAGUACCGCACGUCAAGAUAUCACCAUACAACCCACGAGCAAAUGGAGUUGUCGAGCGAGGACACUUCAUCAUGCGCGAAGCCAUUGUCAAAGCAUGCCAAGGACGGAUUGAACGAUGGCCCGACCAUGUUGCAGCAGCCUUCUACGCAGAUCGCAUCACAGUCUCUCGUCAAACUGGGUACUCUCCCUACUUUCUACUGCAUGGACGCCACCCCACACUUCCCAUGGAUCUAACCGAGGCAACCUUUCUAGGAAAGCCCUUUGAUACGCAUAUGUCAAGUGUCGAUCUUCUUGCACACCGGAUCCGGCAAGUCCAGCGAUUGCCAAUUGACCUUCAGAAGGCCGCAGCCUGUCUGAAGAACCACCGAUUACGCUCGAAGGCACAGUUUGAAAGAAGGUUCUGA